AUGUGGAUGGCACACGGUUUUCUUCAACCACAGGAAGGAAGAAACGUGACAAUGGAAAAUGUUGGAGAUAUAUAUUUUAAGAUCUUGUUGUCACACUGCUUACUUGAAGAUGCCAAUGAAACAAGGACCAGAAGAAUAGAAGAAUAUAAGAUGCAUGAUCUUGUACAUGAUAUUGCAAUGGCAAUUUCAAGGGAUCAAAAUUUGCAGCUAAAUCCUAGCAAUAUAUUGGAGAAGGAACAUCAAAAGAAGGGGAUUCAAAAUGUUGCAUUUGGGUUUGAAAAAGGUUGUAAGAUUACUGAAUUGGGUCCAUUGAAAAACUUGCAAGGUAACCGAGUGUUUUGUGUUUGGAGAAAGUUGAAUAGUAAAGAGGAAGCCAAUGGAGCAAACUUUGCAGAAAAUGAGAAUUUGAAAGAGCUAUACUUAAAUUGGCCAAUGGAAAGGAAUGAUAACAACGGUUACAAUGAUUUGGAAGUGUUGGAAGGACUUCAACCAAACCAAAAUCUCCAAUCAUUAAAAAUCCUCCAUUUCGCAGGAAAACAUUUGCCUAACAAUAUUUUUGUUGAGAAUUUAAGAAAGAUAAAUUUAUGUGGUUGUAAUAGUUGUGAAAAGCUUCCAAUGCUUGGACAAUUAAACAACCUAAAGGAACUUGAGAUUUCCAGCUUCCAAGGCCUCCAAGCUAUAGGCAACGAGUUCUAUGGUAAUGAUCCAAAUCAAAGAAGCUAGAUUCUUCCCAAAGCUUGAGAAAUUUGUAAUAUUUGAUACGAUCAACUUCGAGCAAUGGGAAGAAGUAAGGACAAAUGAUGCAUCAUCAAAUUUUACAAUUUUUCCCAAUCUUAAGUGCUUGGAAAUAGGUAAAUGUCCCAAAUUAUUAAACAUUCCAGAAGUUUUUUAUGAGA